AUGGUUUUCCAAAAGAAAAAUUUUGAUGAAAAGUGUGCAGCACUUUAUUCAGCUAAUUUUAUUAAUAAUUGUAAUUUUACUUUCGCUUAUGAUAAAUUAAAUCAUUUAUAUAAAGAUGAUCUUAUUAAACUAUCAAGUGAAAUAUCCAUAUCACUUACCGGACAAUUUAUUACUUCUAAACAAGCAGCAUUUAUGAAUCCUUCAGUGGUGACUAGAUCAGAUUCAAGAGCUACAGAUAGUUUUUCAUUAUGUUCAAGUUGUAAUAAUGAAAGAAAAUAUUCAAUUCAUGUUGCUCUUCAUGGAUGUAAACAAAGUAAAUCACUUCUUAGUAAUGUAUUUGUUAAAAAAGCAGGUCGUUUGAAAGUUGCUGAAUUAAAUAAUAUAAUUGUAUUAUUUCCACAAGUCAUUCAAUCAACAUGA